AUGGCAAACGUUGUGACCGUAAACACGUGCGCCUUUUCCAGACGGAACACCCGCGCACUGCUGAUCGUUUUGCUCUUCAUUUUAUAUUCGAAUGUCGUUCCCGUAACGAAAGAGAGUUGCCUCCUUCUGAGCGAAAGGAGAUUACCAAGAGAGCUAGCCGAAAUCCCCGCGAAUGAAAUUAAUGCCGCGAAAAAUGAAGAAGAAGUGGGGGGAAAACCUAUGAGGAAGGUUCCCACGGGACAGGGACCCACCAAAGACGGUUUCAAUAUGGAUGUAAAGAAAAAAGCAAUGCUAAACAAAGUGAAGGUCCCUCCUGUGGUUCGAAUGAGCCAGAAGGAUGCAUUCAUGGGAGGCUACCACUAUUUUAAGCAUAUGAAAAAGGGGUAUUAUAAAAUGAUGGAUUAUUUAAAAGGGUGGUUUCAUAAGCGUGCCCUACAUGAUAGGUUACCUCACGAGGUGAUGGCCAACCUUUGGGAGAAAUACAAGAUCGGGCUACUAGAUGAUCAAAAUGAAAUGGAAGAAUUUUGCGUCGAAAGCAUCUACGAUUUUGCAGGAAAUGGAAGGGUUGGAAGCAUCACCAGGGUCGAAUACGAUGAGUUUACUAAUGACCUUCGAAAGAUCUGCAGAUGUUUUACCAAACUUUCGGAGAGGAAAUGGAAAGGCAUUAUGAGUGAUAAGUUAAGGAGCAUUAGACGAGCCAUGAGUGCUCGUAGGAAGGGAAGGUAUAACUACGCGUAUGAUGACGAGGAGGAAGAAUACUCCGAAGAGGAACAGAUGGUCCCCAUGCAGGAUGAAGCGAUGGAAGGAGGAGGUGAAGAUGAUGAAGACAAUUUGCUUAAGAAUGAGGAAGCGGUGUUGAUGCAAAUGCAACAGCUAGGGGAACUGAUCGACGAGGAAGGGGGGAUGUACGAUGAGGAGGGAGAACUGAUUGAUGAGGAAGGCGGGCUGAUGGAAGGCGUGGGCGAGCAGCUCAAAGCGGAGUGGGAGCAACUGAAGAUGGAGUGGGAGCAACUGAAGAUGGAGGGGGAGCAACUGAAGAUGGAGGGGGAGCAACUGAAGAUGGAGGGGGAGCAAGCAGAAGCGGACGGGCAAGCAGAAGCGGACGGGCAAGCAGAAGCGGACGGGCAAGCAGAAGCGGACGGGCAAGUAGAAGCGGACGGGCAAGUAGAAGCGGAGGAGCAAAUAGAGGCGGACGGGCAAGUAGAAGCGGACGGGCAAGCAGAAGCGGACGGGCAAGUAGAAGCGGAGGAGCAAGUAGAAGCGGAACGGAAGCAAAGUGAAAAGGAAGCUAAAGCAGAAGGAGAGAAAAAGCCAACCGUACAGGUGAAGAAGCCAAACGUACAGGUGAAGAAGACAGCCACACAGGUGAAGAAGCCAACUGCACAGGUGAAGAAGCCAACCACACAGGUGAAGAAGCCAACUGCACAGGUGAAGAAGCCAACUGCACAGGAGAAGAAGCCAAGCGUGAAAGAAAAGAAACCGGAGGGAAAGGAGACGAAGCCAGAUGGAAAGCAAGUAGAAGGCAAACCAGUAGAGGGCAAACCAGCCCCAAAGGAAACCAAAGCUAAGCAAGCCAAGCCAGCCAAACCUAAGCCAGCUAAAGCAAAAUAAAGCAAUUAAAACAAACCACGCAGAAAGGAAAGUUCCAUCCACGUUUAACUCCAUCUGGGAUGAAAACCCAAAGCACAAAAAAUUUCCCAUUUUACGUAAGCAUGGUGGUGUUGAAACGCUUGUGCCGCUUUUUUUUUCCCCUUUUUUUUGUACUCCGUUUAUCCCUUUCUAUUCUUCAUCCCCCGCGGAUAGUAAUUUGUUUAGUAGUUUUUUGUAGAUUAUUUAAUUUGCAUUUGUUUCUUCUUUGUUUAUGGCAGUGCGCGAGAAUCUCUCGGGCACAACUCGCCAACUGAUUCCCCCCUUAAUGGUAGAAGCAACG